ACAACUUUUAUAUAGAUAAUAUAAGGGUUAUUUGUUCAUAACCCUUGAUAUACGUUACAUAGCAACAUCGCUAGGGUUUUUAGGUUCCACAAGAACAGAGGAGCUGCAGCCAUGGUUCUCAAGACGGAGCUUUGCCGGUUUAGUGGUGCCAAGAUAUACCCAGGGAAAGGCAUCAGAUUUGUUCGUUCUGAUUCUCAGGUCUUCCUCUUUUCCAAUUCAAAAUGCAAGAGGUACUUCCACAACCGUCUGAAGCCAUCGAAACUUACAUGGACAGCCAUGUAUAGGAAGCAACAUAAGAAGGACAUUGCGCAAGAGGCUGUGAAGAAGAGGAGACGUACCACAAAGAAGCCUUACUCCAGAUCCAUUGUGGGUGCCACCUUAGAGGUUAUCCAGAAGAAGAGGAGUGAGAAACCAGAAGUUCGUGAUGCUGCCAGGGAAGCUGCUCUCCGAGAAAUCAAGGAAAGGAUCAAGAAAACUAAGGACGAAAAGAAGGCAAAGAAAGCAGAAGUAGUUGCAAAGCAACAGAAGGCACAGGGCAAGGGUAACAUUCCCAAGGGUUCUGCACCAAAAGGUCCCAAGCUUGGUGGUGGUGGUGGAAAGCGCUAAGUUGCUAGGUUAUUAUCUGUUUUCCCCCAGCCAGAGAAAUAGGUAGUAUUUUCAUUUUGAAGGUAUUGUAAGGACUGAAUGGCCCUGUUGGUCACGUUGUUUUCGCUUUUAUGCUUAUCAUAUGCCAUGAACUCGGUGUUGAAGUUAAGUGAUCAAGUAAUUUUAUGGA